CGGGGCGGAGCGGACGCGGCGCCGCCGCGCACAGCAGCCGAGCCCCGAGCGGAGCAGGCGAGCGCAGGCGGCGGGCGGAAGGAGGCGGCCCGGCGGGCACCGGCGGCGGUCAUAUAUUGGAAUGAACUGCAAACAGUAAACAAACACCACAGUAUUUUCAUCAAAGCGGGACACACGGGGACAAGGGGAAUAUUGGUGUUCCAUCAAACUAAGAUCCUCAACAGUGAAGGAACUUGGAAAAAACCUCCAGUAGGGCUGUUAACACUGAUGAGAGAUCUUGUAUGCCAAGAUUGCCUGUAUUUGAACAGACCACAUCAUGCGUGAGUACAAGCUAGUGGUCCUGGGUUCAGGAGGCGUUGGGAAGUCUGCUUUGACUGUACAAUUUGUUCAGGGAAUUUUUGUUGAAAAAUAUGACCCCACAAUAGAAGAUUCAUACAGAAAGCAAGUGGAAGUAGACUGCCAACAGUGUAUGCUUGAAAUCCUCGAUACAGCAGGGACAGAGCAAUUUACAGCAAUGAGGGAUCUCUAUAUGAAGAACGGUCAAGGGUUUGCACUAGUAUAUUCUAUUACAGCACAGUCGACAUUUAAUGACUUACAGGACCUGAGGGAACAGAUUUUACGGGUUAAGGACACUGAAGAUGUUCCAAUGAUUCUGGUUGGCAAUAAAUGUGACCUGGAAGAUGAACGCGUAGUUGGCAAAGAACAGGGUCAGAACUUAGCAAGACAGUGGUGUAACUGUGCCUUUCUAGAAUCGUCUGCAAAGUCUAAAAUCAAUGUUAAUGAGAUCUUUUAUGACCUGGUCAGACAAAUAAACAGAAAAACACCAGUGGAAAAGAAGAAGCCUAAAAAGAAGUCAUGUCUGCUGCUUUAGACCCACAGCACGCAGCAGCUCUGAGCCAGAUUGCAGGAAUGAAGAACUGUUGCCCAAUUGGAAAGUGCCAGCAUUCCAGAUGUCAAAAAAUGACAAAGUAACAACAUAUCUGAAGAGGCUUCUCCUGUUUUUAUAUAUUAUGUGAAGAAUUUAGAUCUUAUAAUGGUUUGCACAAGGUCCCUGGAAAAAGAAAUUGCUCUGUGUAUAUCUCUUGGAAAUUAAGACCAUAGUAUUUCUCCUUUGCAAUAGCGGUUAACAGAUGUGAAAAUAAAUAUAAUUGACUCUAGUGUAUAAUUAUACAAAAGAGCAUGGAUGCAUUUCAAAUGUUAGAUAUUGCUACUAUAAUUAAAAUAAUUUCAUAUUGACCUUUUUAUCAUCAUUCUUCCCCAUCAAGCACUAAAAAUGUUCAACCAUUAUACUUUAUAUCUAUAAUUAUAUAGAUAUAUACUCUACGAAUUUUCCCUUUGAACUCACUGCAGCAAGUAACUUUUUGAGUCAUUGACUUCAUUUUAUAUUUAAAAGUUAUGGAAUAUCAUUAUUUUCAUUCUGCCAUUAUAUUCUAAUUAAAAAUGUUUGUGCAUAAUGCUUUGGAAAAAUGGGUCUUUUAUAGGAAAAAACUGGGAUAACUGAUUUCUAUGGCUUUCAAAGCAAAAAUAUAUAAUAUACUAAACCAACUCUAAUAUUGCUUUUGUGUUUUACUGUCACAGAUUAAAUUACAGCUUUUAUGAAUGAUUAAAUUUUAGUACAUUUUAAUUUUUGUUUGUGUGGUUUUGUUAGUUUUCAGGUUUGGGUUUUCAUAACAAAAUGUUUUGUGAAUUCCUUCCUGCUACUGCAGUAGUUAAAGUCUUCUGUUAUAAUAAACCCCAAGCACACAGUGGUUAUGCCAACAACCUGUCUCCACACUGGCCCCUGUUGAUGUAUUAAAUCAGAUUACACAGUUAAGACCAUCAGGCUGCUUUUAAAUACUUUGUAUAUUCGUUCGGAUAUUUAAAGAUUGUAUUCUGCUGAAAAUAUCCCUCUGUAUAAUUAUUUUUGUAUGUAAAAAAUUAGUUUAAUACUGUAUCAGGGUCUAUGAUCUUUCAGUCUGACAUGAUCGUGUAUUUCACUGAGAGAAUCUUUGUUUUAAUAUUGUUAAUCUGCAGGGCAGGAGCCCAAGAAUGAAGUUAUGUGCAGCGUCUCAAGUGAAUCUGUGGACUGGAGAAUUGAUUUUGAGUAAAUGUAAUUGCACA